AUGUGUCUCAAUAAUGAACAACUAUCUCUAACCCGACUGUGCUGCAAUAUUUAUAUCUUGGCGGAAACCAUCAGUUCCAACUCCCUAAAUACCUCAGUUGUCCCUCCAUCUGAUAGAUUCACGCGAUGGAAUAACAAUAACCAUCGCUACACAAUCUUGAACGUCGACGGAAGCUGCAACGGUGACCCCCUGCGCACAGGUUUCGGUGGAGUCUUCCGCGAUCACACAGGUGGAUUCAUGUCUGCAUUUUCAGGGUUUAUAGGCCACUCUCAGGACAUCCUGUAUGCAGAACUUUCAGCACUCCAUGAAGGACUAGUUUUAGCAGUCAACCGAAACUAUGAUGAAUUGGCCUGCUACUCGGAUUCCCUUCUCACAGUUAAUCUCAUUAAGGAAGAUUUAAAUCAUUACCAUGUCUAUGCUGUGCUUAUUCAAAACAUCAAAGAUAUCCUCAGCUCAAGAAGUUUCACCCUGCAGCAUUCUCUCAUAGAAGGUAACAAGUGUGCAGAUUUCUUAGCAAAGAUUGGAGCCUCAAAAAAUGAAGAAUUGGAGAUUCACUCUUCCCCUCCGGAGGGCCUCCUCCCUCUGCUGCAGGAGGAUGCAGUAGGAACGCUUUUCUUAAGGCGUUAG